AUUUUUAUUAUGAAUAAUUAGGUGUAGAGUGUUUAAGAAAAAAUAAAUAUGGCGUUGCAAUAUAAGGAGGAAGGAAAUUAGCAUUUCAAAAACUAAGAUUUGAAGAGGGCUUUAACAUGUUAUCAUAAAGUAUUUUUAUAUAUAAAUGGUUUGAUAACUAAAGAAGAUGAGUUUGAUUCAUAUGCUAAAGUAAAAUAAAAUAAUUAGAAUAUAGAAUCAAUAAACAACUAAAGAGGAGACUGAUGCUAUACGAUAGUUAAAAUGUUUGACUUAUAGCAAUAUGGCCUAAGUCUAUAUAAAUUAAUAGAAGUAUGAAAAAGGAAUAGAAGCAGCAUAAAAUAGUUUAUAGAUAAAUAAGAAUGCUAAAGCUUUAUUUCGAUUGGCUGUUUGCAAUAUUGAAUUAAAUAAUAUGGAGAAAGCUUAGGAGUUGUUGAUGGAAGUGCAAAAAUUAGAUAGUAAAAUAGAUAUAAGUGAUAAAUUGAAAUAGAUCAAAGCAAAAGAAGCUAAUCAAGAUAAAGCCUUAUCUUAAGCGAUGAAAAAAUUAUUUGUUUGAUUUUAUAAAGAAUAAUAUAG